AAAAAUUGCCGUCCUAGAUUUUACCACGUCCCGUAAGCUGUUGUCCUUUAUGGUAGCCGAAUUCAGAAAUUGAUUUCGAUAGACAAUCAAAUAAAUCGCGUUAUCGAUUGUUAUGCGGACUGUGUUUUUUGAAUGUUACCUCAAUUUUGGAGGCAAAUUUAACUUAACGCAUAUUAUUUUUAAUAGUUGACUAAAUUUAAUUUCACUUGAAACACAUUUAUGUAAUUUGAAAGAACGGUAAUAUGAGCCGGAACAGUAAUAUUUCAAUAGACUUAAAGCCGUAUUUACAAACUUCGUCGCAGCCUCCAUCUAGUCAGUCCGAUGCUCCAAAAAAUAAAAAAAAUAAACGGCCUUACGCCAAAGUAAAACCUGACCGGACCAAUAUAGAAACCAUUAGUUAUCAGAAACUGGUUGUACCGAAACGUAUGCACAGUCCUUAUUGGAAAUACUUUGGCUUUCCGGCUUCUGAUAAUGGAUCUAUACUUACACAAGAUCGUAUUAUAUGUAUACUGUGCAAAAAACAGUUUGCAUACAAAAGCAACACUACCAAUUUACGAGUGCAUUUGCAAAGUAGACAUAAAAAUGAAUUAAUGGUUUUGGAAAUGGGUUCAACCAAAGAAGGAACCCCAAAAAAGAAACACGGGAAGAAUGAACUCAUGUUACUGGCCACCUCGGAGGGACAAGUAGAUGUCACCAAGUCUAAUUACAGAGGAAAACAAUUAAAAUUAGAACAGCAAGAAGAAUUUAUACAAGGAGAGAUUAAUGAAAAUUAUGAAGGAGACAAUACUGCCCCAAUACAAGAGCAACCGACCCAUAUGUCAGUUAUUUUUCAAGAUAUCGAUAAUACUUCUUGCGAUAUGGUCAAUAAAGUAGUUUCUGAUGCAAUAACCGAGUUUGUAGUAACCGAUCUUCAUUUACCGGACAUUGUCGAGGGUAAAGGUUUUCAACGAUUGAUUGCCACACUUAGAUCGCCAUGCGAAAUACCAGGAAAAUAUAAACUGGAACAAGACAUAAUACCAAGAAUCUACGAAACAUCACGAACUGCCGUCCUCAAUUGUAUUGCAAACGGGUGUAGUACAUAUUCUUUGGGCAUUGAAGAAUGGACAUGUUCUAAUUCAAACACUUACAUUACGAUUAGUGUAUUUUUUCAACAACUGGAUAAAGAAGGCUUAUGUAUCAAGCAGUUAAGUACAAUGUUGUGUAACCCUAAUACAACUGCCAAUGAAUGGUGCGGUAUUUUGGGAUCGUUGUUUGUCAAUUGGAACAUUAACAUUGAUCAAGUGAAAACCGUUAUAACGGCUUUCACCAACACUAAUUUAGAAGCAGCUUUACUUACACAAGGAUUUGUUCUUAUUCCUUGUCUUAUAUAUGAACUCCAAAAAUUAUGUACUAAAUACUGCUUUGAAACAAAAGAAGUGUUAGACGUUUUAACCAAAUGCAGAGCAGUGUCUGCUAAACUGCAUCAUCACAAUGCGUUCACGUCAGUUACAGUUCAAGACAAUAUCGUUCAAGUUUUUAAUUCAUUUCUCAGUCGCGAGUAUCCACAAAUUUGGACAACGACGUAUCAUUUCCUGGAGCGUUUUGUACAACGAAAAGAGAACAUAAAGACAUUGUGCAAUAACUUAGAAGUGGACUUUUUCUCUCACGAACUGUUGACCGAUAAAGACUGGUCGAUCAUCGAAGACGUUGUUACAACCCUCGAACCACUGAAAGUUACUGUUACGACUUUGAGUGAAGAAAAAAUACCAUUAAUUUCACUGUUAAAGCCUUUGAUUAACCAACUGACGAGUUAUCAUUUGAAAGUAAAACCUGAAGAUUCACCACUCGCAGCGAGUUUGAAAAAUACUUUCGCAAAUGAAUUGCAUUGGAAGUACAGCGAUAUUACCAUUCAGACGUUUUUACACAUUUCAACGUUGCUGGAUCCCCGAUUUAAGGACUUCCCGAUGAAUGAAGGCGAGGAACAUCUUCCGACGAUCAAACAAGAGCUGGUCAAGAUGGUUGAAUCUGAAGGAUCGGUGCCCUACGAUAAACCCUGUUCCAUUAUCGAUUCAAAUCCUCCCAAAAAAACUAGAGUUUCGGGUAUUGGUUUUUUACUGGGCGGAGUCACCACUGUGAAACAUUCCCCCGAUAUCAAAGCGCACAUGUCACUCGAGGAUCGACUAAAUUUGGAAAUAGCACAAUACGAAUCUGAGCAAACACCGUGUCUAGAAGAAUGCCCUCUUCAAUGGUGGUCGCGUAUGAUAUCCAAGUGUCAGAAUUUAAUCCGUCUGGCAAGAAAACACUUUGUGUAUGCUCUGAGCGGAUCUUCAAGCAAAUUACCAUUAGAAUCACAAAUUUUAUAUUUUAUCAAAAGAUCGCAAAUAAGUCAAGAACUUGUAGAUAAAAUGUUAUUUAUCAACGCCAAUACAGCUGAAAAUAAUUACUAAAGAAAUUCAAAACUGUUCUAGUUACUUAUUCCUCUCUCCCAAACAUUCCUUUAUCCUCCGACCGCCUGUACUCGUCGUCCAAGUCCAUGGUUUUGGCUUCUUCAUCGGCAUUUGGUUUGGUCAUUAUUUCCUUUCAGCUCAUUAUUUGUUCAAUCCUUAGAAUUUCAUUUAUUGUGGCGAGGCCCUUUGCGACCUUUACCACAUUCCAAAAAUUUUUCCUUCUAUCCCUGUUACAUGUUUUAAGUUAUUCUUCCUCCGACAUCUUUAUUUUAAAAAAUAUCCAUUUCUUUACAGUCAUCUCCUUUAUUCCAAAGGCGGGUUUAUAAUUUAAUGUGUAUUACUAUUGUAAAUUAACUUUUUUAACGUAUUAUUGUAAUAUUUUAUAUGUAUAAUUUAUAAUAACUAUC